AUGGCCGAUUGGGCAAACCUUCCCAACGAUCUUAUUGCUCACAUUGCAAAUCAUGUUAAAGUGAUUGAAGAUUUUAUUGCUUUUGGUGCAGUUUGUACCUCUUGGCGAAUUGCCGCUACAAAGGACAAUUUCGACGUGCUUUCUCACCAAGUUCCGUUCCUUAUGAUGGCUGACGGACACGAUGAUCGUUAUCAAGAAAUUUAUUCUCUAUCCAAGAAGAAGGUUUCGCGCAUAUUUCUCCCGGAAGUUAGAGGGUCAAAGGUUGUAUCAAUUAAGGAGGGAUGGCUCUGCACUGUGGCAAAUGAUACGGGAGAGAUAAAUUUGUUGCACCCUUUCUCUCGCAAAAAAAUACACCUUCCCUCCCUAAAUGCCUUAUUGAAUUUCCAUGAUUGCAAAACAAAGCAUUGGGGCUGCAUAUACGUAGCUGUCUUGUCUGCCAAUCCUUCUGUUACGUCAGAUUACGUACUCAUGGUGCUUCAUUAUGGAUCUGACAAUUGUUUGGCAUUUUGGCGACCUGGAGACCUCAAUUGGACUAAUAUUGAUGUUGCUAAUAAUUUCACUGGUAGGCCUUCCGCUCUAGUUUAUCACAAGGGCGAAUUUUACUCCAUGCGUCACAGUGGCAUAGUACAAGCUCAUGAAGUUGCAGGGCCUAAUACUAGUGAUCAACCAAUUGUGAAGACACGUUUGGUUGUUGAGAUGGCUGAAUAUACAUUUAAUCCGCAUGUAACUCAGUAUUACCUAGUUGAGUUAUCUGGUGCACUAUUACUUGUUGCCCAGUUUGACAAAAGAAAUAUGGACUUUCCAAACGGACCCCUUUUUUAUCACACCAUCAAAUUUAAAGUCCAUGAAGUAGACAUAACCAGAGGUGAAUUGAAGGAGGAGAUGAAAACCUUGGGAAAUUUUUCAAUGUUUUUGGGUGAUAAUUUGGCAAGUUGCAUUGACUCUUCUAAAUUUAGCGGAGUCAAACGCACAGAGCGAAAUUACGCUUUGUAUUUGUUGCUAGUUGAUAUAGACGUGAAGCAUGGUGCAUUUGUUGUUUUUUUGAGUUCUGCAACUUCAUUUACAUUGUUAAUUGAGAAAAGAUUAAUCAAAUAUGAGCCAAACUUUUAA